UAUAAAGCGUAUCGGAAACACUCAUCGUCCUCAUUCUCAACUCGAUUCUAUUCCACUGCAUCACACCACAAACAUAGACUCGCAAUCAUGUCUGAAAGCAAGAAGGUUACCAUGGAUGAGGUCAACAAGCACAAAUCGCAAGGCGAUCUUUGGCUAAUCGUGCACGGAAAGGUCUACGACGUAUCUAAGUUUAUGGACGAACAUCCAGGAGGUGAUGAAGUCUUACUCUCAGAAGCAGGAAGAGACGGUUCAGAUGCAUUCGAAGAUGUCGGUCAUUCAGACGAUGCACGUGCACUAUUGCCUGGAAUGCUCAAAGGUGAAUUGGAAGGUGCUGAACAAUCAAAAUCUUCCGGUGGCUCUGCACCAAAGGUUAACCAAGCAGUACAAGAAAGCGGAAACCCAAUCCUCAUGUUCAUUCCUUUGAUCUUGUUGGGAGCUUGGUUGGCAUACCGUUACACUCAAGAUUAGAUCUUGCUAAAAGAAGCACACCAAAGGAAGAGAGCUGCAGCGAGCAGGAUACUAUAGUAGUGGUAGAUAUGCAUAUGGCAAUCUGAGACAUACGCAAGAGCAGCUAUGUAUGCGCUCGCAAGUUUCUCUUUCUUGUCGGUUGGUUCGAUCUUAAUGUACUUCAUUGCUAGAGCUGCAUCGAAAUAAAGCAUUCAAAAUGAUCAAGCUGCAUCCUCACAGAUAGUGAAGUAUGACUUUUUAAAAGUUUCGAAGAUAUCCUCCAGAAAAGGUAUUAAAUGUGUUCGACAUUAAGUCCAGCACGCAAGUAAAUAUUAUCUUGGAAUAUAUAUUCAGUAUAGAUGCUCAGUAAAGAUUUAGAU